GUGACUGUCACUGCACGUGACGUCGAAUGGACAGUCCAAACUCUUGGUAUUUAAGUGACCACAGACACGGACUACGGUGAAUAAACUGAGCACACACAGACAGCGCCGGGACAAGUGGACUCAUACGUUCAACAUAUCGCUUCUAAACUCGCUUAGUACCAAGCGAUUCAUCUCUGAGAGGAUUCGUCGCAUUUUACUUGCUUUUUUAUAAACACUUAUUAUAAAUAUGAUAUGCACAAAAGUUGUCGCCAAAGUGCUACUGGUGUGUGCUGUAUUCGGGUGUAUAGCGUGCGGACGUUCAGUGGAAGGGAAACUUAAAAGGUUACGGCGCCAAACAGGUGAUGUAAAAACUGCAGAAUAUUUCGCACGAUUGGCGUUAGAGCGGAGACCGACAGGCUGUGACUUAAUAGGAUGUGGACUCAUAGAUAUAGUAGCCAGCGGCAAAAAGAGAGACGGACGAACAGCCUCCGCGUACCAAGGACAAAUCGACGAUGAGUCGAGAGCCAAAUUAAUUGCGAUGUUAUUGACGGGUAGCGCCGAAACAAGGAGGAAGUGAACGAAAGGUUAUCACUGUGCCGGGGUCAGUAUAUGUGACACCUAGAGAGAGCCGCUAUACAAAGGUGACCCUAUGGGGAGGUGCAGACUACAUCAAGGAAAGGAGCGUUCACAAACUGAAGUUCGUCAAUAUGUCGUGGCGCAAAAAUGUUCUAAGCAAUAUAAUAUGAAAUGUCCAAGAAGAUAGAAUAUAAAAUAUAAAAAUGUUAAGACAAACAGUUUAUUGUCGGAGGUGUUAUAAUUGUGUUUAAUAAUUCAUUAAAAAUAAUAGAAAAUUAAUAACAAAGCUCUUCUCCCUUGAAAAUAAAUAGUCUUUUUAUGUGAUAA